CUCCCGGAAGAUAUGAUAUAUACAACCACAUCUGCUCCUAAAAGGAGCUGCUCCAAAACCCACACUGUUCGCCUCUUGCUGCCCACAAGCAGUGCGACCCACCAGAGCCUGCUGUCCGGAGGCCCCAGCCCAGGAGUGACUUCCAGAGUCUCAGCCCACGGAGAACCAGAGGCAGUCACAGACACCCGCCUUGGACAGGAGAGUACCUACCCCGGAAAGACUGCAGGACCUCCGCAGGGACUCUGAGUCGUGCCACUGCCAGUGCUUCUCCAUGAGCUCAGUUCCCCGCAGAAGUGCGCUCCGUCAGACUGCCAGCAUCGGCACCAGCUGUCCUGUGGGGACCACAGCACUGCCUCCAGAGGAGAUGGGGGAUGGUCUCUACAGUGAGCAGAGGCCCCCACGGGACACCAAGAAGGACAAAGCCCCAAGGUGGGCCCAGCAGCAGUGGCUAAAGAUGCUGCUAAACUUCUUGCUGCGGAUGGGCCCCGAGGAGCCCAAAGAGAAGACCAGCAGGCUGCCGAAGGAAAAGGAGGGUCACCCCCAGGCCUCGGAGCCCCCCGGGGCAGCAGGGGAGCCAACCAUCAGGAGGAAAACCCCAGAUAGGAAAUCCAGCCCUGAGAGACACAAUGCUGAGAAAACCACCAGGACUCAAAACGUCGAGGCUGGAGGCCCCGAGGCAGGGCGGACAGGGCUGGGCCCUGCUCACGGAGGUAGGGACAAUUCCCAUCUCCACCAGUCCUUGCUCACUGAGGGAGAAGGUGCUGGAGUCGUGGAAGCCACAGGUUCCCGGCAGGAAGAGGAGCUCGCGAAGCUUGACCGUGAGUCCUUGUCCCAGGGGUGGGGGCUGGUCCCCAGGCUGUCAUCCCACAGAGUGACAGGCCUGCGGUCUCUUGCAGAGGACACGGCCAUCCAGAUGAUUGUGGAGCUGCUCAAGAGAGUGGGGGACCAGUGGGAAGAAGAGCGGCUGAAAGUCCCUCAAGCACAGGCUGCCCUGCAGACCCUGGCCGCCACUCCCAGGAAGCAAGCCCAUGAGAGGAAGUCUACCCUCAAGAGAGCCUUCUCUCUCCGGAAGUCAGGCUCUGGGGCACCCAGGGGAGGCAGGCCUGCACACAGCCCCAGCACUGAGGCCCGGCCGCCCAGGAGGCCCGGCUUUCUGCCCCUGUGCAUGGGUGGCCACCGGCCCUCCAUCCCCAGCAAUCCUGGCCUAGAAGAACCCGAAGCCCAGGAGGCCGGGUUUGCAGAUGGCGGAGGUCCCAGUCCGUCUACCGUCCCCCUCCCAGCAGGACACCAGGGACCUGGGGAGGUGCUGCAGCUGGACAGAGCCUUGGAAUCCAAAGAAUUCAUCCGGAAGAUCACUGCCCUCCUCCACAAUGCCGAGGGGCAGGUGGCAGAGCAGCAUCAAGUCUGCAAGGCACAGGCGCCUGCAGAAAAUCCGGUGCCACCCUGCAGGAAGAAAUGCCACGAGAGAAAGUCCAGCUUCAAGCAGGUCUUUCCUCAGAAAAGGCACUGCUCCAAGGAGCCCAAGAGAGUGGGGCCCACGGUGACUGCCAACCCAGACCCUCGGCCGCCCAAGAGGCCUGGCUUUCUGCCGCUGUGCGUGGGCGGCCAGCGGCCCUCCUUCUCUGACAGCCUGGACCCAGAAGGUUCUGAGUCCCAGGGGCUCUCACCGACGGAGGGUCUCCAGCUGGCCUCUCAGAAGCGGCCCCCACAGGCCGGAAGUCAGAAGGCAGAAGGAGGACGAACUUCAGACGCUGAAUGUGGAUCUAAGGAUCUCAUCAUCCAGGAGCUGGUGGCCCUGCUCCAAGUGCUGGAUGGCCAGCUAGGGAAGCAGAUCAGGCGGCACCCCAGCUUCAAGAUGUUUUUUUAUGAGUUCCCAGACUCCUCCCUCCAGAAGCUGGUGACCACCCUGCGCAGCCAGGAGGCACACUCCCUUGAUCCAUGCAGGAACCCCACAGGGAGACCCUACCCAUUUGCCUUGGGCCUGCCUGACAAAUUUGCUGGAGAUCACAGCCACGCCAGCUGCAGGCUCAUGGGCUCUAUGGGACACUAUCGCCGGCGCAGUUAUUCCCACUUGCCACACUCGGAAGCCGAACUGAACGUCACCAGUCUUCAGAGUCCAGAUUGAGAGCUGCACCAACUCACACCUGUGUUCCCCUGAGCUGGCCCGGGGUCUGCAGCGCAAGCCAGGGCCCCCCCUAGGCUUCUUCCUGCUGUUGCAAUCCCAUGGUUCCUGGAGAGAGCUGAAACCCAGGGCUGUGUACCCACACAACCAUCAGAGACUCUGCAGGGCUGCCUUCUGAGGAGCUACACGCGGACGCUGUGCUGGGGAAGCCAGCGUGGGCCUGGGGGCUAGAGGACCAGGGCUCCACUUGCUCCACCUGCUGUUGGACCCUGUCUGUGAUGCCCUGCCCUUUUAAGGUCUUGGAUUUCAGGCCAUCAUGUGGAUUUGUCUAAAUUGAUACUGUUCCUGGUUGUCAGUUUUUAAUGGAUCUUGGUUAUAAACAUAGUUUUGGGUUUACUCCC